AUGACUUCUAAGACCGUGUUAUCUAUUUCGUCUUUUAAGACUGCUGCCAGACACUGGAUACCAAUAAAUUCCCGUUCUGCUACUGCUACUGUGGCCAAAAACAUCAAGUUCUAUCCCACAAGUACUAUGCACUAUAUGGCUUCUAACACUGCCUUUACUCCAGCUGCUGCCUCCCCAAUUGUACGUCAUUUUUCCACCCGUCAUAGGGCUGUGAACACUGCCAAUUUGCCUGGGGAUGUUUUAUUGGUAUCUAAUGAUGAUGUAUUAUCAUCCAGACUGAUAUCGGGUGCCAAUUCCCGUAAUGGAACAAGAAACAUCCCUAGUCGAAUCAUGUCUUCUAUGGAAGAACCCGACUUGAGCUUUGAACCAAUGGUGUCGUCCAACGAAGAAAUUAUGACUGCUGGCCCAGUCAUUAGAGCUUAG